AUGAACAUCGUUCAGAAUACAGAGGGCCUAGGGGCUGCUUGGCUUAUGGCUACGGUGGGCCAGAGAAAUAAGAAACUAUCUAAGAAAGAUAUCACCAGUGUUUCUAUCCCUCAGGCGUGUCGGCUGGUGGAAAAACAGCUUCUGCUAAGGUUGGCUUCGAAUCUUAUGUAUGGGCUUACGUUGAUUCACAGACAACAAGUGCACUAUGUGUUUGAAGAUAUCACUACUGUCCACCUGAAACUUACUAGACCGUUGCAUUUUGAAUUCCACGGGGAGGAGAAAACGGUUCAGACUAGACAGAGGAAACACGUCCCUCUUCCUGAUAGUGAUGCCUUUACUAUGCGUGACUUUGCCUGUGACGAUUGGUUUCCGGAGAGAAUGGCGUUCAGAGACCUAGACGAGUGCCUAGAGAACUACAUGUCUCAUGCCCAGAGGGCCGAUGCUCUAGAUAAGCUGUUGGACGAGAUCUUGGAGAAGACCAUGGCUACAAUUAGAGCUAACGAAACUACGUUUGGCGAGCCAGGGUUUGAGUUUGACGUGAAUGGCGGUAUCAACUCACAACUUCCCGUCUUAGACGAGAUAAACUUCGAUGAAGAUUUUGCUUUAGAACCGGUUGCUGACGAAAUCUCCAAGUCCCUUCGAGACCAUACCUCCAGAGAUCCACAUUUUUCCACUACGCUGAAUCCGCUUAGAUCCACUUUAGACCACCGGACUACAAGACAAAAGAGAAAACACGUUAAAGUUGACCCUGUUAAUACCCAUUCAGCAUAUUCCUUUUGUUACCCAUUGUACUUGCGUGAGUUUGAAACAGAGCACUGUCCGCUGACCAUACCCAAACGCAAGAAGUACCUGCUUUGGGAUGCCGUUUCUGAACUCAGCUACACUAGUCCUGCCAUGCUUAACUAUGCUCGUCAAUUGCUUUUACAGCCGCCGAGUGGCACUAUUCCCCGGUCUCGGCUUCCUCUGGCCUUCCGGAGAGCAAGAGAUGAUGAGGUGGAAGUUGGGCGUAACAUCCAAGUUCUGGCAGACGCCAUAGAGUUUGCAAGAAGAAGAGCGCUGAUGCUAGAUUUCGAAGAGGAGGGGGCGUUUGACACUUUUGACCUCGACGAAAUCGAAUUAGGGCUGGAAGAUGCAUCUUUUCAGUUCCCGCUGUCGCAAUUGGAAAGCCAAGGAUCUGUGGGCCGCAAUCUUCAUAAAUUAGCACUUAAGCUUCUCGGCUACAUCCAAAAACGGUCACUCCAAUAUGGAAUCUUUUGUGACUACGAGGGCAACGAAACUUCAUCUCAGCAAUAUAGAAAAAUAAGUUUCAUGGAGCUUUUCCCAGUGCAGCCGCUCGGCGAGUCGGACAUGCCGGUUACCAGGAAACUUGCAGCCAAGUCGUUUGGCACGGUAUUAGAAUUGGCGACCAAGAAAGCCAUCUACGUGCUCCAAGGCGAGGAACCAACAGCAGAAGCUGCUAUUAUCGUUCACUCGUACGAGGACCGGCAAUAUCAUAACGUGCUCGAUAAUAUAACAUAA